AGAGAAGGUUCAGGAUCAGAGAGAGAGAGAGAGGGGGAAAGAAAGAAGGUGGAAAGGAGAGUGUGGAAGGAAAGGAGGCGGAGGAGGAAGAAGAAGGAGGACCAGGGAGAGGGAAAACCGCGAGGAAAAGGGGGUGGGGAAAGCAACCGGCUGCAUUACCAGAGCGAUCAUUAAAGUGAACCCCAGGGACCGGCGGAGACUCACCUCAAAGGCCGGAGAGGACAAAGUGGCGUCGCCCGAGUGAAGAGAGGGGGGAACGAAUCCCCUCGGACACACAAACCACAAGCACACCCGCCCCCCCCCCCCUUCCCCAUCUUGUUUUCGUUGUUGACUGAGUAGACAUCUCGGUAUCUAUCAUAUUUUUUUGUGCCACCCCAUUUUCCGCCCCCCCCCUUCCCCCCCCCCGGGCAGGGGGUUCCGUCUGUCCGUUUGCACCAGAAGAGAGUUUGGUUGUUUUUUCUGUGUGUACGCGGCAGCGGAGGUGGGGGGGAGGGGGGGGCGGCGGGGGUAGGGGAGGUGGUGGUUUGGAGGAAGACAGGCCCAACAAGAGGAAUUAAAGCUCGCCCGCCGCCGCCACCUCCUCCUCAGCAGCACCAACAUGUCCUCCCCAAGUCCCGGGAAGAGGCGAAUGGACACCGACGUGGUCAAACUUAUUGAAAGCAAACAUGAAGUAACCAUCCUGGGUGGAUUGAAUGAAUUUGUAGUCAAGUUUUAUGGACCGCAAGGAACUCCCUAUGAAGGUGGUGUAUGGAAAGUUAGAGUGGACCUACCAGACAAAUACCCAUUCAAAUCUCCUUCCAUAGGGUUUAUGAAUAAAAUUUUCCAUCCGAACAUUGAUGAAGCAUCAGGAACAGUAUGUCUAGAUGUAAUUAACCAGACGUGGACAGCUCUUUAUGACCUCACCAACAUAUUUGAGUCGUUCCUGCCUCAGCUGCUGGCCUAUCCCAAUCCAAUUGACCCUUUAAAUGGUGAUGCUGCCGCAAUGUACCUCCAUCGACCAGAAGAGUACAAACAGAAAAUAAAAGAAUAUAUCCAAAAAUACGCAACAGAAGAGGCGUUAAAGGAACAAGAGGAGGGUGCAGGUGAAAGUUCAUCAGAGAGCUCCAUGUCUGACUUCUCCGAGGAUGAGGCCCAGGAUAUGGAAUUGUAGUAGUGUCACCACCCUCUUUCAAAGAGACAGACUAUAUAAUUUCCUAACCAUUGAAAAGCAGACUAUAAUAUUCAUAUUUAAAAACAAAAAAAGCAAGUUUUUUUUAUUACUAAAACCAGGUUUUUAUGGAUAGCAUUGGUAUAUUAUCACCCUAGUUUUUUUCUCUCCUUGGUCAUUUCUCCAACUUGAAGUGCAUCUUACCGCACAUUCCACUAGCUAUGAGGCCCAAAUGCAUGCUAUCUCAUAACUUUGGUAUACAUAACUUUGGUAUACCUAAGUUUGGUAUACCUAACUUGUAACAUGUUUUGACCCAAAAAUGGAAAAGAGCAAGAAAAAAACGAACAAUGGAUUGGUGCAGAGCGGGAUAUCAACCAAGCAAGAGUGACUAUUUAUGCUGUCUGCUUCUCGAUCAGAAAAAACAGCGCUAGAGAGAACAGAAAGUUUCAGUAAAAUCGAAGCACAAAUGGAAGGUUUAUUAGCAGAAGAAAAACUAACACAUUAUUUGCUCUGCAUGUUAUUUUUGGUUUCUAUUUUUUUCCUCGUGAAUAAAAAUGGACGUACAGAUUA